UCUUCUUCUUCUUGAGCUCAACAGUCCGUUGACCGAUGAGCAAACAGCGCCUAAAAACACACUAGCGGAACAAACCGACCGAGUUCGAGUUUCACCCGAGAAAGAUAUGAUGGCGGAUAACAAACCUAACAGGAAAAGUAGCUCCGACGACGGAGCAGGGCCACAGGAGGAGGAGGACAGAGUGAAAACUAAGCCUGUCUCUUGUAGCACUGGGGGAGGAGAUGGGACUGCUGUCAAACGCACAUCUCAGCAUCUUACCCCUGAAGAUAAGGAGCAGUUCUCAGAAGACCAACCAGCCCCUUGCAAAACCGCCAAAAUUGGCUUCAGCAUGGGCAGUAAGGUGGCAAAUAAAUCAAACCCAAUUUCUAUCAAACUAGGAGCAACGAAACCAAAGGAGAUUGUUCCAACUCUUCCUCCCAAAAAAUUAGUAUCUGUUUUUAAUGAAGAUGAUGAUAGUGAACCAGAAGAAAUGCCUCCAGAAGCAAAGAUGAGGAUGAAGAAUAUUGGGAGGGAGACGCCAACGUCUGCAGGACCUAACUCCUUCAACAAGGGCAAGCAGGGCUUCUCUGAUAAUCAGAAACUGUGGGAGAGGAAGAUGAAGGCCCAGUCUGACAAGCCAUAAAAUCAUUACAGCAAAGCGUUGUCACUAAUAGGGAAUUUUAUACUUGUUAACAUUAUGAGUUAUCUUGGAAGGCUGUCAUUUUUGUUGCUGUAGCCUUACCUUUUACAACUUUUCAACUCUCCUGAGAUGCGAUGAAGACUACUUUCAACCCUUUUCAAUACCUCCAACUACAACUGGUCGAUUCUAACGUGGUGGAAAAAUUUUCAGGCACCUUUUAUUCCAGAGAUUUGGGUAGGUACUAAGGGAGGAAGGAAGUUAGCCAGAAAAUACUUGUAAACUUUUCCAUCGUCUUGCAUUUUGUUGGAGAAUUGGAUAAUUGAAACAAUUACUACCCUCAUGUUGUUAUUAUGAUGUUUCUCGUUCCCUUCAUGAGCUUGGUUCGGUUUAGUCCUAACGAGCUUAUUGCUUGUUUGAUGUUGGUGUAAAAAUGUACAUAGCAACAAUAUUUUAUGUUUUAAUCCAGAAAGCAUACUGUGAGUUAAAAUAUUUUAUGUAGGUGUUUUUUUGUUUUUUGUUUCCAAUUUCUUUCGUUUUCAGUUUCUCCCGUUAUUGUAAAAGCCCCCGCUUUCACCACCUCUGUCCUCUAUGUGCGCAUUUUAAGUUACAGUCACCUCUCCUAUGAUUAAAAAUGUCUAAAACAAAGGUUGUACUUCUUGUAGAAUUAUUUAAUUUUGCAAACAGUUUUCCUUUUCACAUUUAAAGUCAAAUUUAUGUCUGCUAAAUUCCAUAACUCAUGAAAAAGUCUGCCUGAAUUGCUCUA